AUGGCCGACUUCAAGACGACGUUCAUCGAGAAGGCGAUUGACAGCGGCGUCCUGCUGUUCGGCGACUUCACGCUGAAGUCGGGCCGCAAAUCGCCCUACUUCUUCAACGCGGGACUGCUGUACGACGGCCCCCUGCUCUCGGCGACGGCGGACGCGUUCGCGUCCCUCGUGCAGACGCUGCCCGAGUUCGACGUCCUCUUCGGCCCGGCGUACAAGGGCAUCCCGCUCGCUGCCAUCACGACUGUGGCUCUCUCCAACCGCGGCACCAACAUUGUCUACACGUACAAUAGGAAGGAGGCCAAGGACCACGGCGAGGGCGGCACGCUGGUCGGUGCGCCGCUUGAGGGCCGGCGCAUCGUCAUCAUCGACGACGUCAUGACGGCCGGCACGGCUGUGCGCGAGUCUAUUGCCACGAUCAAGGCCGCCGGCGGCAAGCUCGUCGGCAUUGUCCAGUUGCUCGACAGGCAGGAGCGCGGCAAGGGCGACAGCAGCACCGUCGAGGAGGUCGAGAAGGAGUUUGACGUGCCCGUCAAGCCCAUUGUGGCCUUUGCCGAUAUCCUCGAGUACCUCAAGCGCAAGGGCGGGUUUGAGGAGCAGAUCGCCAAAAUGGAGGAGUACAGGAAGCAGUACGGAGUGCAGCCCAAGUCUGCCUAA